CCUCCGCUGCUCUCCAGCCGCCGCCGCCUCCCUCCCGGUGCUUUAUCGAAGGUCCCUAGACGUCGGGUUUGGGGCGUCCGGCGCGUGGGUUCCUUUCAUUCCAAGGAGGACCGGGUCCCCGGGGCGCCCCGUCCCCUCUGGCGCGCGCACUCCUGUUCCCAAAUCUCACACGGGGUGUUUAGAUCUGGACGGACCGCCCACCUUCUUCCUUUACACGCCCGCCUCCUUUAUCUUCUUUUAAAUCCUACAUUUUCCCUCUUUGCCAAGCUAGAUCCUUUUCUUCCUUACCACUGGCCAGGUCUUUACUCCGAGCAGAAACCAACGCCUCAGGGCUUCUUAAACGUGGUUUUUGACCUUUGCUUUGCGUGGACCUAUAGGAAUUUUGGCCAUUUUAACCCGUUGCUCCUUUUGAGUCAGUUUAACGAAACGCAGUGCCUUCCGUCGACCCAACACGUAACAUGUAGGAGGCGUGUUUCGGAUCUGGACUGCCCGAGGGGAAUCCCAGCACCGCCACUUACUGUGUCCAGCUUGGAAGCUGGACAGAAAACCGAGGGCAUCAGUUUCCUCGACUAUAAAAUGACACCAGAAGUACUUCAUUUAUUGAGCUGUUGUGAGGGCUAAGCUCUAGGGGGCACAACAGUGCAUAGAAACCAUAGCGAUUAUCAUCCUUGGGUGCCAGCCACGUUUCUAAGCUGUGGGAUGCUGCGACUGAUCUCGGGGUGCUUGUGUUUCAGUGGGGGAACUUUUGUGUGUCGUUUCUUUUAGAAGUCAAGAGGAGUUGAGAAUCUGAUGGCAUGGCUUUGAUUACCUUGCGGAGGAACCUUUACCAUUUAUCCGAUUUUCGGAUGCAUGGAGCGCUGGCCGCUCUGAAAAAUCACCCCGUAAACCAUGUUCGCAAGAUGGUCAAGGGGCGUCUGUGUCCGUGGUUCCCUUCACUACAACCCGAGCCUUGCAGGGUCAGGUUCCAUCAUGCCUGUUGUAAAAAGUUCCACUCGGAAAACGGAGACGCCCUGCAUCCACUUGGUGAGCCAGUGUUCUCUCAAGCACACGAUUGGGCUGGGCCUGAACAAAAUCCUGAAAGCCUGGACGAACAGAUGUUUUACAGGAGACUCAACGACUUGGAUUCCUCAGCAGACGUGUUACAUUUUAUAGGCACGCUGCAACCUUUGCCUGAUAGCCUGGCAGCAGGAGCCUUGCAACGGAUCUGUGAAGUGGAAAAAAAAGAUGGCAAUCACAAGCUGCCAAAAGGAAUACUAGAGAAUGGUGUCUUUCAAGAUUUAUGCGUUCGGUUUGAGCAGGAAUCCCCGAGUCUGUCGGACACUGCUUUGGUGACUGCUCUGCAAGCUCUGAGUCUGUUGUACGUGGGCCCUCAGAGUAACUUGUUACUAAACCUGGUGGCAGAAAGCCGCCAUCGUGUCAAGAGAGGUGGCCUGGAAGUCCGCAGUCUCUGUAUCCUUGGGGAAAGUCUGAUUAGACUGCAGGGUCCGGGCGAUGAGACACUAGAACUGAUUAUAUAUCAACUGCAAGGGGAAAAAUUGGAAACAUUUGCCCCUGAGGAUAUUGUGGCCCUUUACAGAAUACUGCAGGCAUGUGCUGAAAAAGUGGACCGACACCAAGCGUUUCUAAACAAGAUAAACAGCUUUUCCCUGUCGGUCGUUUCCACCUUGAGUCCUACGCUGAUGAGUCAAAUGCUCACUGCCCUAGUGGCUCUUGAUCAAACUCAAGCACUUCCUCUGGUUAUAAAAUUGGGAAAAUACGCUGUGAGGCAUAUCCCUCAUUUUACUCAUGAAGAGCUCAGAAAAGUCCUGGAGGCUUUCAUUUACUUUGGGCACAAUGACCGAUUUUUUACAACAGCCCUGGAGCGACACGUGGCCUCACUGUGUCUCACUUUGGAUCCUGAGGUCAUCAGCACAGUCACGGAGUACUGCGGUAGGAAACAGAUUCUUUCAAGACCCAUCUUCGAUGCGGUGGCGGAAACUUUUGUUGGCCAGUCGGAGAAAUUUUCACCUCGUCAGGUUUCCGAGUUAAUUGAACCGUUUGGAAAACUCAAUUAUUUGCCACCGAACGCUUCUGCUUUAUUCAGAAAGCUAGAAAACCUGUUACUCACUCGUUUCGAUUAUUUUCCACCCAAAACGUUAUUGAAAAUUCUCCAUUCGUGUUCACUCAUCGAAUGCCAUCCGGUCAACUUUAUGGCAAAAAUAUUCAGCCCUUAUUUUCUUCAACAGCUGCAAGGGGAAGAAUCGUCCGUGGACAGACUGAGCCUCGCACAGCUGACCCAACUGUUCCUAACCUCAGUGCUAGAAUGCCCUUUCUAUAAGGGUCGGAAACUUCUUCCUAAAUACCAAGUGAGGUCAUUUCUUACUCCGUGCUGUUCUCUGGAGACGCCUGUGGAUUUUCAGCUUUACAAAUCUGUGAGGAUUGGACUGAUUGACCUUCUGGGCGCAAGAAUGUAUUUUGCUUCAAAAGUGUUAACGCCCUAUUGUUAUACAAUAGAUGUGGAAAUUAAAUUAGACGAAGAAGGAUUAGUAUUGCCAUUUACGAUUGAUGAAGAUGUGCAUAAAAGGUUAGCACUAUGCAUUGAUGAUCCAAAAAGAUUUUCUCUGAAUAGCAGACACUUACUGGGAAAGGAAGCUAUUAAACAGAGACACCUGCGCCUUCUUGGUUAUCAGGUUGUUCAGAUCCCCUAUUAUGAGAUUGAGAUGCUAAAAUCAAGAGUUGAAUUGGUGGAAUAUUUGCAGAGAAAACUAUUUCCUCACAACGUGGGCAUUCGUUGGUAACAAGAAGGAAUACUGGCUUCAGGACUCGGUGAACCAACUUGUGUUUUCUUGGGACUCGGUACAAAGAGGGACGUAAAAGGGUGGAAGUUGUGAGUUGGCCGUGAUCCGGAAAGGGUCUGUGGUUUUCCUUAUACCGUGUAUACGCUUACCAGUGGUAAAUUUAAAAUAAAUUUUUAUUUUUAUUUUUAUUUAA